AUGUCGUUGGCGAAGCCUGUCGUCCGCCAGGCGGACAUGGACCCCGCGGAAGUCGAUUUCUUCAUAAACGAGGCGACGCAGGCCCUGGAGAUCUGCUCGACAGAGCAGGCCGUGGCGACGUAUCUCAAGCAACAAAUUCAGAAGCGAGCCGAAGGAGCCGGCGGCAGCACAGCUUGGCACGUGAUCGUCGGGAGGAACUUCGCCUCUAAUUUGACGCACGAAACUGAUCAUUAUCUCUACUUCUAUAUCGGGCAGACGGGGUUCCUCGUCUGGCGAACGCCUUGA